AUGGCCACGGCCGCCUCCGCCUCCCUCUCCGCCGCGUCCUUCCUCUCCCCAGCCCCAUCUCGCCCCCGCACCCUCUUCCGCGCCCUCGCGGCCUCAGGCUCCGGCGGCGGCAAGAAGAAGCCCGGCAAGUCCAAGAGCAGCAGCAGCAAGGGCAAGGGCAAGGACAAGGCGCUGGAGCCGCCGCCCGACGUGGCGGUCCGCCGCGCGCCUGCGGGGAGCGCGUCGGUGUUCGAGCAGCAGCGGACGAAGGCCGGGUUCAACCCCGGCGGCCGCGGGAACCGGUUCACGGAGGACGAGGUCCGGCAGCGACAGGCCACCGAGAGCGCCUUCCUCUUCGCCUGGCUGGGCCUCGGCGGGAUCAUCCUCUUCCAGGGCCUCGCCCUCGCCGCCUCCGGUUUUCUGCCCACAGAAUGGGACAGUUUUUUAGUUAAGUACCUGUAUCCGUCGUUCACUCCGACAGUACUCUUGUUCCUCGGGGGUACGACUGGAUAUGGCGUCUUCAAGUACUUUGAAGGCGAGAAAAGCAAAGCAUCUCAAAGCAGAGUUUGCUAA